AUGCAUGUCCAUCUACACUCCUCGACGGAGAUGAAGAGGUGGCGCAGGCAGGCGGACCGGCUGAGCGCUCUCCCCGACGAGAUGCUCGAGCACAUCCUCUCCAACCUCCCGUCCGACGAGGCCGCGCGCACCAGCGCGCUCUCCCGCCGGUGGCGCGACGUCCCCGCAGGCGUCACCGUCGUCGACCUCGUGGACCACAAGAAACGCAAUCAGCAUAGAAGAAGUGCCGCCGCCAAGGACCUCCCGAUCUGCUUCUCCCACAAGGUGACCGGUGCCAUCCUCUGCAAGGCCCCCGCGACGCCCAUCCACACCUUCCGCCUCGACACCCGCCACCUGCCGGCCGACCUGCUCGAUCAAUGGAUCGGCUCCGCCCUCUCCUCGGGCGCCGAGGAGAUCGACGUCAAGCUCAGGUACGGCCACUUGUCCGGGCGGAGGCUCUGCCCCUACGGCUCGACGGAGAGGGCCUCCGCGGACUUCGAAAUCUACGAACGGAACAGCUAUACCAAGACGCAGAACCAUCUCUUCCGGUGCCGCACGCUUCGCCGCUUGCACCUAACCAACUGGACGCUCGACCUGCACGGAACCGUGUCCAUGGCGUCGCUGGAGACGCUCUGCCUCGCCAGGAUCAUGGACCCCAAAGGACAGCUGCAGCAGCUGCUCUCCAACUGCCCGUGCCUCGCUGACCUGACGCUGCAGCCUGCAGGAGUGCCCGGGCGUCAGCAAGAUCUCCGUGAAGAACGCCUUCCUGCGGAGCUUCGCCAUGAUCUGCUGCCACCAUGCCACCCACGUUGA